AUGCACAUUGUUAUAGAAGGGUUUCUUGUCGCCCUCAAAGUGAUAUAUUUUUAUUUUGAGGCAGCAUAUCAGAUUAUAUUUCCACCAAAACGGAAAGAUAUUAAUGGAGAAAUCGUGUUGAUAACUGGGGCUGGACACGGCAUUGGAAGGGAAUUUGCUUUAGAAUUUUCCCGACUUGGAGCUCGAGUUGUUCUUUGGGACAUUAACAAGGACAACAAUGAUUCUGUGGCAGAUGAAAUUAGGGCAUUGGGCAGAGAAGCUCAUGCUUAUACUUGUGAUGUGACUAAUUUUGAUGAUGUACAUCGUGUUGGUCAACAAGUAAGAGAAGAUGUUGGUGAAGUUGGUAUACUAGUUAACAAUGCUGGUAUUUUGUAUGGAGGUGCUCUACUAGAUAUGAAACCUAAACAUAUACAAAGAACCUUUGAAGUCAAUACCUUAGCACAGUUCUGGACUGUCAAAGAAUUCCUGCCCUAUAUGAUGGAGAGAAAUAAAGGUCAUAUUGUGAAUGUUGCUUCUAUGUCGGCUAAAUCUGGAACAGCUUAUCUUGUAGACUAUAGUUCAUCUAAGUAUGCUGUUUAUGGGUAUACAGAAUCAUUAAAAGAAGAGAUUGAUAGACUAGGUAAAAAUGGUGUUAUUACUAGUUGUGUAUGUCCAAUGUUUGUAUCUAGUGGUUUAGUUCAACGACCAAAAGAUAGGUUUGCUACUAAGAUAUUGACACCUAAGGAAACCGCUGUAUCAGCUGUAGAUGGUAUAUUAAGAAAUAGAGAUAUAGUCUAUGUCCCUCAAAAUAUAUGGUUUAAAAUGAUCAUACAAUCGUUGCUGACAACAAAAGCUAGAGAUUUAUUGAAGAAAUUUGGUGAUUUUGGAAUAACACCUCAAUAUGAUCCUAAUACUACUGUUGGUGCCAGACUUACCAAAACAAAAUAAAACCUUUUCAAAUCAUGAUGAUCAUAUUACAUAAUAAUACUUUGUUUCAAUUGUUAAUUAUAUUUUUAAAAUGAAAAAAUCUGUUAAUUAAAAAAAUAUUUCUCUGU